AUGUGUCAGCUGACCGCCAGCAAGACGGCGCAGCACAUGACAGACCACCAACGGAGGAAUCGCUGCGCUGUUUCCACGUUCAGAUAUUAUAUCGCCCCCUGGUGGAAAGGGCUUGGGAACGGAACAUAUCUUCGUCAUCACCUGGCGCGCCCGCCAUGUUGGAAGCCUCGUCGCUUGUUUCUUCGGUCAGCAGCGCGCUCAGUCUCUCACCUUCAUUUGAUCGGUUACAUUAAUUACUCAAUCAUGGUAACUAGUUGCUGUGUUGCGGGGUGCAAGAGCGCAACCCAUGAUAGAAAGAAAAAUAAAUUGGAACACGGAAUCACUUUUCACCGUUUUCCUGCUUGGAGACAUAACCAAGGAGAGCUAGUAUCCGACAUAACAAAGUCUCGUCGGCUCGCUUGGGUUGCUGCUGUAAGGCGACCAAACAUCACCUUCCACAGUAUCCCGGUCUCGAUGAGGGUGUGUUGUCUGCAUUUUCAUUCAGGAAAACCAGCUUAUGAAAUGUAUACCUCUCAUCCGGAUUGGGCACCAUCGCUUCACUUGGGCCACACUGAGGUUAAGCCCACAAAUACUGCACGAUAUGAAAGAAGGGAAUCAAGAAAACGUCCAAAGACUGAGAGUAAACCAGUGGUGGAUGAGACAGUGAUAGAUGACCCAGGUGACCUUAUCCCACCAGUGGAAACACCUCCACCAGAGGAUGAACCUGACCAGAAACCGAUAACCGAAUGUGACUUCUGUCAGCUUCGGCGUGAUGAAAUCAACCGGCUGCUGGAAGAGAACAGGGCCCUGAAAUGUGAGCUAAGCCAGAGAAAACUGGAUGAACAUUUCCUGAAGGAUGACCACGUCAAAGUGAAGUACUACACUGGACUUCCACACUUUGAAGUUCUCAUGGGUCUUCUAGCCAGGGUUGAACCAUACGUGACACAGCGCAGUAAAAUCCUUUCACCUUUUCAGAUGCUCUUCCUGACUCUCGUGCGCCUUCGACUAAAUUUACCAAUGCAACACAUUGCCCACAUCUUUAGUGUUGAGAGAACAACUGCUUCCAAGACUUUUAGUAAGGUCAUAAAUGUUUUGCAUGCACGCAUCAGCCCAUUGAUUAACUGGCCAGGGCGAGAUGCUAUGCGUGCAACUAUGCCCAGUCAGUUUGUGGAGGCCUUUGGGGAGCGUGGCGUUGUUAUUCUUGACUGCUUCGAGAUUUUCACACAGAAUCAGUCAACACUUAAACCUCAAGCUCAGUCACAUUCCCACCACAAGCUGGGCACAACUAUGAAGUACCUUGUCGGUGUUACACCGCAGGGUUCCAUUUCGUUCGUUUCCAAGGGGUGUGCGGGGUAUGUCAGUAAUAAGGACAUAACUGAUAGUUGUGGUGUUCUGGACAAAUUAUUACCUGGAGAUUUGGUGUUCGCUGGCCGCGGCUUUGACACAAAGAACAAGGUGGGACAGGUGUGUGCGGAGGUGAAGAUCUACGCCUUCACAAAUGGACAGCUGGAAACAAGAGAUGUGGAGAGCACAAAGAAAACUGCCCACCUCAGAAUUCAUGCGAAAAGGUUGUUUGGAAUCGUUAGCAAAAGUUACGCUAUUUUGUCAUCAGAAGUACCAAUUCACAUGGUGUUGCCAUGCGAGGAGGAAGACGUGACAUUCCUUGACAAGGUUGUGUCUGUAUGUUGUGUUCUGACAAACAUGAGCCCGAUUAUUCUGCUGAAAUAACUAGAGAGCAACAAGGGUCUGUUGCAUCCAUAUCUAUAAACUUAACAAUAAACAUGCGUGUGUCGCAAUUAUAUGAUGUGCAUUUCCAAGUAGUGCAACCUGAGAACACAGAACUGUGCAGAUGGGUGCUUCGAGGCAAAAUGCAACAAAUAACGUGUAAAAUCUUCCCUAGACUGUGUACUAUGUAUACAUACACUCUGUAAAGAAAUGACUACAUUAAAAACUAAUACAAAAGG